AUGGCGAGCCGGGAGAACGACCCUGUUCACGACUCGGACAUGCAAGACGAAGACCUUCUCGAUGCGGACGAGGCAGCAGAAGAGAUACAGCAAGAUGAUGACCAACCCAUGGAUGAUGAGGACGAAGAGGAAGAGAUCCAACUGCAAAAUGAUUCUGCGGCUUAUUUCGACUCCCAUGCAGACAGCAUAUUCUGUAUAGCGCAGCACCCUACCAACCCUGGUAUAGUGGCUACUGGAGGUGGUGAUGAUGUCGCGUACGUCUUUGAUACCACGCUAGCUCCUGGACCUGUUCUGCCUAGCUCCUAUGAGAGCGAACCAAAACCUCAAGGGGAACGAGCGGGUCUGCCCGCCCUCCAGAAGCUCGAGGGCCAUAAAGACUCCGUGAACGCAAUUGCUUUUACACUACCAAAAGGCGACUAUCUGGUGACUGCCGGACUCGACGGCCAAUUGAGGGCCCAUCAGAGCGACAAAUCAGCAACACAGUACAAAUUCUUCGCCGAAGCAUCAGAAGUGCAAGAGAUCAACUGGGUGAAACCAUGCCCAAACCCUGAUCAGCCCAAUGUAAUUGCGCUGGGAGCCAACGAUGGUUCUGUAUGGGUAUACCAAAUCAAUCACACGGAUACCUCGAGCCCUCUUACGAUCGUUCAAGCCUUCUACCUCCAUACCGCAUCAUGCACCGCUGGCGCGUGGACACCUGACGGUAAGCUACUGGCUACAGUCUCUGAAGAUGGAAGUCUGUAUGUCUGGGACGUGUUUGAGACUGGCCAAGCACUAGUCAGUCAGACUGCCGCAGAUCAGCGCUUCGAGAUCGAUGGUGGUCUGUACAGUGUUGCUUGUACGUCGAGCAUCGUUGCGGUUGGUGGUGCUACCGGCAUGAUCAAGGUUGUUGGACUUCCCCAGCCGGCAGACCAAUCGAAAAAGACCAAGGCGGGAAAGGGCUCGAAUCCGACCGCAGCAUCAGCUGGACAGAUACUGGCCUCUCUACACCCUCAGAACGAGAGCAUCGAGACACUGUCGUUCUCUUCAGCGCCUCUUAACAUCCUCGCCGCCGGCAGUGUUGAUGGUUCGAUUGUACUGUUCGAUACAGCUCACCGCUUUGCUGUCCGACGGCAUAUCAAAGAAGCACAUGAAGAGCAUGCCGUUGUCAAGCUUGACUUCGUCAGAAAUCCGCAAAAGGGUGCCCAUAUCCUCACGAGUGCUGGCAUGGAUGGCGUUAUCCGAAGGUGGGAUGUCAGAGGCGGCACGACUGCUGCCGGACAAGGGUUCAUCCAGGAGUGGCGGGGUCAUAGGGGAGAUGGCGAAGGCGGCGGGGUUCUAGACUUCGUGCAGGGCGGUGGCGGUAAUGUCACUGUCAGUGCUGGAGAUGAUGGUGUUUCACUUGUCUUCAAAACAGAGAUUGCCUGA